CACUCGGCGACGCACCCUCAUCCGCUGGCUCCUCAUCUGGACCCUCGUCGCCGCCGUCACCACCUUCCUCAUCGUCCAGGCCUUCAGGCGAGGAGGAGGCGAGUUUGACUGGAAGGGCGCGCUCAAGAAGGCCGGCGGCGGGGGUCUAGCCGGCGCCAUGGCCAUGGUCGUCCAGGUCCUCGCCCUCAUGCCGCUCCGCACGACCAUGAACUACCAGUACCGCUACGGGACGACGACCGCCGAGGCGGCCAAGAAGCUGCGCGGCGAGGGCGGGUUCAAGCGCUUCUACAGCGGGCUCGCGCCGGCUCUCGUGCAGGGACCUGUCGCUCGGUUCGGCGACACUGCCGCCAACGCCGGCAUCCUCGCCCUCCUGUCGUCGAACCCAUUCCUGUCCAAGCUCCCGUCGCCGCUCAAGACGGCCUUUGCGUCGCUCGCCGGCGCCCUGUUCCGCAUGGUCCUCAUGCCCGUCGACACGCUCAAGACGACGAUGCAGACCGAGGGCUCGGCGCACGCGCUGCCGCUCCUCAAGGCCCGCGUCGCCGCCUACGGUCCCGGCACGCUGUGGGCCGGCGCGUGGGCGACGGCGGCCGCCAACUUUGUCGGCUCGUGGCCCUGGUUCGCCACGUACAACGCGCUCGGCGAGUACCUCCCGCCGCCGCCCGAGGGCAGCCUGUGGUGGAAGCUCGGGCGCCAGGCCCUGAUCGGGUUCGUCGCGAGCGUCGUGUCGGACACCAUCUCCAACUCGCUACGGGUCGUCAAGACGUACCGGCAGGUCAGCAAGACGAGCGUCGGCUACCGGACCGCCGCCUCGCACAUCCUGCGCACCGAGGGCUACAAGGGCCUGUUCGGCCGAGGGCUCAAGACGCGACUACUCGCCAACGGCCUGCAGGGCCUCCUCUUCUCGGUCCUGUGGCGCGCGUUCAGCGAGCUCCUCAUGGGCAAGAAGGGCGACGGCAAGUGAGAGCUCUCCAACGAGCAGUCUUUGUUUAGAUCGAGCCCUGUAUUCCAGCAUGUUCCUCGUCUACGUCUUGUUGCUCCUGAGAGCGACGUCUCCUGGCUCUAGCUCUACUUGCUGCCCGUUCUCGACGACAACCGUCUCCUGUCCAGCCUCGUCCGCCGUCUCGAGCUCGCCCUUCUCGGCGUCCUCGUCCCCUCGCGCCCCCUCGCCCUGCUUCGGCUCCCUCCUGAGGC